CGAGUCUGCAUGAUGGCGUGCCAAAAAGGAAGAAGUACGCAGUCCGGCUGGAGGAAGGCUUUGACGUGGAGCGAAUGGUGGAUAAGCUCUUGGAGGGCCAUAACGAUCUGAUGAACUUAAAGGGCAUUUUGGCCUCAGCACCAAGGCUCUGGGGCGAGCUGAAGGGGCGGCUCUCGCGAAGGGAUGGGGCGGGCCAAGAGUCAAUUGAGGAUACCCCACCAGUCGAUGGGUUCUUGGAUCAGGAGGAGGAUGUCCGCCUUCACAUAAAUGAGUGGUCACUGAGAGUGCCCAGUUGCGUCACGCAUCCUAUAUGGCUAGCACCAAGGGGGUACGAGCAGAAGGAGGAGUUGGUCCUCAAGCCCUUCCAGGAAGAAGAUCUGUGGGGGAGUAAGGAUGUUGGCUGGAUGAUGAGGUUGGCAUUGGCAGGGACACAUAGUCUAGCGGAGGAGGUAAGGGCGAUAGAGGAAGAACCAACCCAGGUAGAGGAGCAUGAGCAACUAAUGGGAGGAAUGUACUUGCUCACUAACACGCUCCUGCAAGGGAACUUUGACCAGAGGAGCGCAGCCAGCUCUGAGGAGGGCGAGCUUCUCAUUCCUGAGAGCCACGACGACGAGUUCGAAGAGAGAGAGAUUAGGGAGGCCUUCCGUGUUGAGGAGUAUGACGGAAUUUAUCGGGAAUUGGGGUUACUCCUGUCGUGCGAAAUGAGGGAUAGGGACGCAAGUGCUAAGGCCCAGAAGAUGAGGCAUCUCUACGUAAUGAGAGAUGGUCAUUUGUUUAUAAAGCGACAGGUUGGGAACCCCAAGAGGAUCGUAUGUGGGAAGAACCGGCAGAUCGAUGUCAUAGCAGCCUUACACGAUGGUAUAGCAGGGGGGCACAGAGGGGUUAGUGCCACGUGCGCAAAGAUAAGUGAGCUAUACCAUUGGGAUGGAAUGCUGACUAUGGUCAUCAAGUACUGCCAGUCUUGUGUACCCUGCCAACAGAGGUUUGCGCAAAGGCCAGGGGAGUCUCUGCACCCCAGACUGGAAAGGGAAGUGGGUGCAGUCGUACACCUGGACCUAUUGUUCAUGCCACUUGGGGAAGACGGAAGUAACUAUAGCUUCGACGCACGGGACAACCUUACCAGAUUCGUGGACGGUCGGGCUUUUCGUACGAAAACUGGCCCAGUGUUAGCAAGAUGCAUCGAAGAGUACUACCUGCGCUAUCUGUUCGUCAGAGAGUUUGUGAUGGACCGGGGGUCGGAAUUCACCUGUAACGAGGUAUGGACCUUACUUGCGGGGUAUGGCGUGGUAGAAAACUAUACUACUGUCGCGCACCCCCAGGCGAAUGCUCCUGUGGAGACGGGGCAUAGUACCAUCACAAACCUCUUGGCUAAGUGGACUGAGGGGAGACCUAACCAGUGGCCGAAGUUCCUGAGAGCGUCAUUCUUCGUGGAAAAUGUUACAGUGAAAAUGACUACCAAAUAUGCGUCAGCCACGCUAUGGUAUGGAAGGCAUGCCACCUUUCCCAUAGAAAGCUUCAUGAAGACGUGGAGGCGCCAGGAUCUGGAGGUGAACCUGUCCUUUGAAGAACUGCUCGAUAUACGGGCGCGGCAGGUGGGAGACGCUGAGGAAAGGUCUGACUUUUCGAAGGCAGUCAUGCAGAGGAAGGGGAGGGACACACGACCACGCCAGGGGCCCCAGAGGAUGGAGGGAAGAGGCGAGCAGCAUGAGCCGCCUAGGAGAGAGCCUACGCCUGAGUUUGAUGAUGACAACAUUGAGCUCUUCUUGGACGUAUAUCGGGAUCAUGCGGCACAGAGAGGGUGGUCAGUGACGGAGAGGAUUCACCACUUGAGGGAUAUAGGGCGGUUCGAGGAGCCUGUCGCUCAGAUAUGCGAGGAGGCCCUGACUUGGCCAGAUGUGGAGGCCGGGAUACAGAGGUUGAGAGCUUCCCCUAGGGGGCGUGAUGGCAUGCCCAUUCGAUUGGAGGAGGGGAAUGCAUAUGAGUUCAUCCCCGCAUAUGAGCACUACAUGUUGAGUCUGGGAGUUGCGCAAGAGGAAUGGGUGCAGGCUAUACUUAUCUGGACGAGGCAGGCAGAGAGGCAGGUGGCCAAGCAGAUUCGGGAAAGGGUUCGAGACUGGGAGGACUGUCAAGCCCAGCUCAAGAGGGCGUUCGGACGACCACAGCACGAGAGGCACGAGCCCAGGGUUGAGAGGCGACGGCGAAGCAAGAGGCCAAGGGAACCGGCACCGAGAGAGGCGGGGCUGGCCAGAGAGGGGAGGGGAGCCCCAGCCCAACGGGAGGAUGAGCCCGUAGGGCCCGCAUUGGCAAGGGAGUCGUUCCUUGCUUGUGGCCUCUUGGCGGUUGAGUUUCGGCGGAUUACGAGCAAGGAGUUGAGGCCGCCCUCGCCAUUGCCAUCAGCACAGGAACUGGAUAUAUCGAGAGAGACGCCAUUCCGAAGCUUAGCGACUCAUCUCGAUGUAUCCCAAUGGGAGGCCUCACGGCUGGGAGAGGGCUCAGUUGAGCCGACGCGCUACGUGCCAUUGGAGGAGCCCCUCGACCCCGAGAUGGAGACAGACAUGCGAGACCGAGAGGAGCCGCAGGAUCCUGAGAUGGCAGUCGUGCGGCUGGAUCCGGUACGACCUCAGGGCAGAGAGGUGAUCACAGUUGGGGACGAUACCCCUCCAUGCUCCCCAGCUCCAGAGCCAGCACAACGUUCAUGGCCAGAGGGGAUUCCUGAGCCAGGCAGUAAGGAGAUCCCGAAGUUUUUCCGUGAGGUCACCACUAUACCUGAGCAGGAGGCAGAGGCGGAGGACCAGGGUAUACUUCCAUCAAAACACGGAUUUGCCCCUGAGCCUAAGUCGCAAAACUGCGGAUCUCAGGCGGCGCACUGCCUGUGGCCGCCUGACAACGUGACCAAGAGCUCCGUUAUCGAGGAGCCCGUUCCAGUAGAGUUACCGCCAGUAGUGCCAUGCAGGAGCGAGGGGAUGGGUAUUGAGGCAUCAACUCCGGAGUGCGAGAGGCCGCAAGUGAGAGGAGCCUCAAGAGAGACCCGAGAAGAGAAGUUCGCUCGAGUCGGGGUCCGCCUGGAUGAGAUAUACGCGAGACAGGCUGAGAUGGAGGCGGCAGGGAUAGAGCCGACACCGUCGGUCGAGCCCAAGACGAGCGAGCAGAGGAUCGACGAGUUGUGGGUUAGAUAUGAGAGCCAGAGGGAUGCGACCCGCCAGAGGUCACGAGAGGCAGGACAGGCGGGCGGGGAGACGAGUGAGCUGAGGGAGGUGGGAGACGUGGGAUUCUCUGGGACCAGGAUGGCGAUUGAGCGCGUGGAUCGGAGGGUAUGCGAGACGGCAGUCACAUCUUUCCAGUGGUAUAACCUACUCAGCAAUGAGCUCAGAGUUAAGGAGUUGGCGGUAGAGCACCUGACUACUGCUUGCCGUGGAGAGGGCGAGGAGCCAGGCUAGAGAGGUUGAGUGGGAGAGGAGGUUUGGGGAAAUGGCGGCCGCUGUGGAUAGGCUCUCGGUAGCCUGGGAGGCUAGCCAGAUGGGGCGAGCCGGUGUCGAUGGCGAGGGCCGAGGGGUGCAGGCUUCGCCGAGUCAGGGAGCAGCGGUAGGGGUCCCUCGACAAGCCGAGGCAGUGGAGGAGGUGCUCUUGGACGUUACCGAAGGGGAGGGUGGCGCGCAGGAGUCGCUUAUGGCUAUGUCCACGGAGAGGAGGAGUUCGCGUUUGCAUGAGCUGGCGGUUGCCAUGGGGAUAGGCACCCCACAGGAGCGGCCUUAGAGGCUC